GCCGCUCAGAAAAGAAAUCCUUCCAACCGGGCCCUAGGAUACGCAAAACCAGAGACCGGUGUUUACCUUCCAAAAUGAAUUCUCCUCCAUCAGGUGGAUACAACAGUCAAUCAACAAAACAGAUUUGUCCAUUCAGCGAGAAAUGCUACAGAAAGAACCCAGUGCACUUCAGUGAAAUGAGUCAUCCCCAUCUGGAGGAGCUCGUAAAGGACCUAGAUGACGCAGUAGAGGUCCCAGAGGUUCUGUCCUUCGAGUGCAGAGACAAGUCCCUCCUUCUGGACCAACUGAGGAUCGUCCAGAUGCUAAUGCGUAAAGAGAGAGGAUUGCUUCCCCUGUCGAAUGGCAGAUGCUCUCAGUUCUCGCAAUCCCCAGGGAGAGCCCCUCACUCGCAAAAUCUCCACAACCUGCCAACGAAACACGAAAAUUCCUCAUCGCCAUCCUCAACCCUCCAGACCUCCCCAGGUCCCUCCACAAAACGAGAGAUCAAUUCUCCAGACACCGCAACCCCCAAAAGACCUAGACAACUCCCCAAAUCUCAAUCUCCUCCACAAUCCUCUGUCUCUUCCCAGGGUUCCACAAUUUCUGAAUCCCCAGGCCUAUCAAUAAUUCAAAAAUACGUCAACUGCACCUCCCAACAAGCACGCCGAGACUUUCGGAGUAAAGCAGUCAACAGAAUGCGUCAAGAGAACCAAGAAAUCCCCUACAUCGGCUCAAAAGGUGAAUUCGACAUGAAGUACGCCCUCUCCUCUCCCUAUUUCGUCUUCCUGACAGCCGUGCAAAAUUCCCCAGAGACGUGGAAUCAGCCCUACUCCGUCACAUUCCCCGAAAUUCUCGAUGUAAGUCUCGGAGAGAUCGAGGAGAGCCUCCACAUAAAUUUUAUGGUUGACGUUGGAUGGUUGUGUCUGCAAUAUUUGCUUGCUUGUCAAUCCCCGAAGAUGUUGGUGCUCCUGGGGCAGAGGUGUGACACUGAGAGCCUUCCAGAUAUAAUAAAAGUCGUGAAGGUCGAGCCUCCAUCGAAGUACGGCACCCACCACACAAAAAUAUCUGUCCUCAAGUACACGAAUGGAGUCAGAGUGAUCGUUUCCACUGCUAAUCUCUACCACGAUGAUUGGGAUAAUCGAACACAGGCACUCUGGAUAUCCCCACACCUUCCAGAGCUCCCGGAAGGAUCUUCUAAGGCCCAGGGAGACUCGAAGACCGGAUUCAAGACGGAUUUCCUGAAUUAUCUGACGUUUUAUGGUCCCAACAGGAUCCAACACUGGUUGGAUGUCCUCGAGAGGUGCGACUUCUCGUCAAUUGAUGUAUUCUUCCUGGCCUCGGUUCCUGGUAAUCACAAAGAGGGUAGCAGAGAUCGAUGGGGUCUGAGAAGACUAGCAGCUCUGUUGUCCUCUCAUGCUCAAUUGCCAGCUGAUGGUGCCAAGUGGUCAGUUGUUGCUCAAUGUUCGAGUAUUGGAAGUCUUGGUCCCAAUUUUGAAUCCUGGGUAGGUAAAGAUGUCCUCACAACUUUAUCCAGUGAAACCACCAAGGGCCUCAGAUCUACACCGAAAUUCCAGUUCAUUUAUCCAACUGUCGAGAACUAUAAACAGUCCUUUGAUAUGAGAGUUGGCAGCUGUUGUCUACCCUACAGCAAUCAACUCAAUGCCAAGCAGACGUGGCUCAGUAACUAUUCCCACCAAUGGAAGGCCGGGGAUAAGUGCAGGACUCAAGCAAUGCCACAUAUUAAAUCCUACACUAGGAUAUCACCAGAUUUCAAGAGAAUUCCCUGGGUCGUCAUCACCAGUGCAAACCUGAGCAAAGCUGCUUGGGGAUGGGGUGGAAAGGCCACUAAUACCAUUCUCAGUUACGAGGCUGGAGUUGUAUUUUUUCCGAAAUUUGUGACUAAUUCAACGACAUUCCCUAUUCGUGAGCCCGACGAGACCGGUACACCGCCAUUUCCACUGCCUUAUGAUGUACCACUGACCCCGUAUGGCCCUCAAGACAAAAUAUUCACAAUGGACUUCUUCAGCGAGUAAAUGCUGUCCUUGAAGGAUGGAUUAUACUCUUCCCCGGAUAUCUAGUCACUCAACCGAGUGAAGACUCAUUCGUUAUCGCUGGUGAUUAUCAUAAAUGAGUCAUCUCUCAAUGUCUCCCCAUUGGGAGAUUAAAAUCAGUGUUAAAUCAUCUCUAAAAUAUUUUCGUAAUUACUGGUUCAAUAGAAAUGUAUU